GGUCGACGUCAUUCUUCCCUCUGGUUGCGCUGUGGACGCGUAUUCCCAGUUACGAAUUUCGUCGUCUUUGGCAAGCUGUCUUUUUUUUUCUCUUUUUUCUAGUCGCUACUCUAUUCGUAAAGCAAUUCAUAUAUCAUCAUGUCGAUUAUGCAAUAUAACGGUGGCUCGGUGGUCGCCAUGGUCGGAAAAGACUGUGUGGCUAUUGCGGCUGACAAGCGAUUGGGUCAACAGUUCAUGACGGUUUCCACCGAAUUCCAAAAGAUGUACCAAGCGACAGAAAAGAGUUUCAUUGGCCUGCCUGGUCUUGCCACCGAUGUUUUGACAUUAGCCGAACGAUUUCGAUUCAAGAUCAACAUGUACAAAAUGCGUGAAGAGCGCGAUAUUGAGCCAAAGACAUUGGCUCAUUUGGUAUCCUCGACAUUAUACGAACGACGAUUUGGUCCAUACUUUGUAGAACCGGUAGUGGCUGGUUUGGGCAAGGAUAACAAACCGUUUAUUUGUUCGAUGGACUUGAUUGGAUGUAUCAACUUUGCCAAAGAUUUCGUUGUAAGCGGCACAGCAGGACCUAAUCUUUACGGUAUGUGUGAGUCGCUCUGGGAACCGGAUCUGGAACCCGAGGAUCUCUUUGAAACCAUUUCGCAAGCAUUGUUGAACGCACAAGAUCGUGAUGCUUUAUCAGGAUGGGGUGCCGUUGUUCACAUCAUGUAAGUUACCAUGAUCUGUUUUACUUCGCUAAUGGGUUUGCUGUAACUGGGCCUUUUCCUUAGAACUCCCGAUCAAAUCAUUACUCG